AUCUACGAUUGCAAUUACAUUCCUUCUUUCUACGUUGAUUCAUCGUUUACUUUUGUUGCUGAAGCAAUAAUAGUAUUAAUCAAUGUCUUCUUUCAGCGUCCAAGGCCCGAAGGUUCGCCUCUCCUGGCUGCUUCAUCGCAGCCGGCUCAGAGACGGCACUUUAUUGCUUCCUUUCCUCGAUCGGAUUGCAGAUCAACUCCUGCAUUGACAACAACAGCUCAGUUUCAGGGAUGUAGCCGCAGCCAAUCAGAUGCCUUUAAGGUCUGUGCUCAGCUUAGUCAGGCUGUGGUCGAAAAGGUUCCAAAUGCUACUCCAGCUCUAGAGAUAGUGCCUAUCCUAGAAUCUGAAAAGCAAGAUGAAGUUCCAGAUGCAUCCUCUAUUUCAACUUUUAUGAACCGAGUGUCAGAUCUUGUCAAGCUUGUGGAUUCAAAAGAUAUUGCAGAGUUGCAGCUUAAACAAUUGGAUAUUGAAAUCCUUAUCCGGAAAAAGGAAGCACUGCCACAGUCAUCAAGUCCAGAUCCUGUUUACCUCAUACCACCUCCUACAUACCAGUCUGCACUACCACCAAGCACUCCUGCUCCGGAAUCUGUGUCCUCUAGACCGUCAUCUCCCACUUCAGCACCUGCACCAACAAAACCAACGUCAUCACAUCCCCCAUUGAAAUGCCCAAUGGCUGGAAACUUCUAUCGUUCUCCAGCUCCUGGUGAACCACCUUUUGUGAAGGUUGGGGAUAAGGUGCAAAAGGGACAAGUAAUAUGCAUCAUCGAGGCUAUGAAACUGAUGAAUGAUAUUGAGGCUGAUCACUCUGGCACUGUAGUUGAGAUUCUUGUAGAUGAUGGGAAACCCGUCAGCUUGGAUAUGCCUUUAUUUAUAAUCGAGCCAAGAAGAACCAAGUGCACCUCUCAUGAAAAACCACAAUUAAAGCUCUGAAGUGUGAGAUUUAUUUGUCUUCUUGAAAUGUACACUGAAAUUAGGACAAUGCUGUUCUUGCUGUAAUGAUGUUUAGUAAUUCUGGUGUUAAUUUAUAA